GAGCUUAAAGUUUUGGAAUUUACCUUGGUCAGAUUUCAAAUUUCUAGGGUUUAUCAGAUAUGGUGGAGCCUCCUUGGUGUUCAUAAAUUCAUGCCGAUGUAAAGCGUGAAACCGAAAAACCUUUCUCUCUCUUUCUAUAUCUAUACAUAUAUGUAUAAUGUAUCUAUUAUCUUCUCUCUCAUACAUAUAAAUUGUAUGUAUUGACCGGCAUUUCCGGCGGUAGAUCUACACACUGACGGUGGUGGUGGUGGUGGUUCGAGAGUGUGCAAGUGACUAGUAUUAACGAGGGAGCUUUAGAUCCAAUUGCAAGAUCAAAUCUACACCCCUGUCUUUAGUCUCCGAAGUUGUACUAAAAAAUCCUCAUAAGCGUGUUCAUAGCAGAUGUAAUCAGUGUUUUUGAGUGAGAAAAAAGCAGAGAAGAAAUAGUGGAGUAGAAUCGAGCGAAGACAGAGUAAAUGAGAAACGGUGUAUGAAAUGAUGGGGUAUUGCAGAAUUAUUGGCUAAAUUUGUUGAUUUUGCUUGAAUACUCUAUCUAAUUAAGGAAAAUGUCAAGACCACUUCAUAGAGGUGUUUUGGGUGGUGGAAGACUUUCAGGAAACAUUCAAGAUUAUGUAGAAGACUCUCAAAUGAAGGUUAAAACCGAUAAAGAAGAUCUUGAUAAAAGUUCAAAACUCCCCUCUGAUUAUGUAUCUUUAUCUUUAAGAAACCCAUUCCAAUUCCUUUUCUCAGAUAACUCAUCAUCCAAACAAGACACCAUUGAAAAUGGUAUCCUUGUAUCUGAUCCAUUAACCUCCAUAAGAAAUCGCCACAUGUUAACUUUACUUUUUCUUAAAGUCACUUUAGUUGCAAUAGUAAUCCUUGGUCUUUCCAUGUCAUUCUUAUGGACAAUAUCCCUCACAACAACUUCAAAAGGUCAAAUGAUUCGUGGGUAUAGAAGACUACAAGAACAACUUGUGUCAGAUUUGUGGGACAUUGGGGAGCUUUCACUUGGUUCCACUAAGUUUAAAGAAUCUGAGUUUUGUUCACUAGAAUCCGAAAAUUUCGUACCUUGUUUCAACAUUACUGAAAAUCUUGAGAUGGGUUUCACUGAAGGAAAAGAAUAUGAUCGCCAUUGUGGGCCCAUGUCAAAACAGAAUUGUUUAAUUCUUGCUCCCCCUAAAUACAAAAUCCCUCAUAGAUGGCCUACUGGAAGAGAUGUUAUCUGGAUUGACAAUGUUAAAAUCACUGCACAAGAAGUUCUUUCAUCUGGAAGCUUGACAAAAAGGAUGAUGAUGUUAGAUGAAGACCAAUUCUCAUUUAGUUUUGCAUCUUCAAUGGUAGAUGACAACAUUGAAGACUACUCUCAUCAGAUUGCAGAAAUGAUUGGUUUAAGAAACGAAUCAUAUCUUGUUCAAGCUGGAGUGAGAAGUGUAUUAGAUAUAGGGUGUGGCUAUGGUAGUUUAGGAGCACAUUUAUUCCCAAAACAAGUUUUAACAAUGUGUAUUGCAAACUAUGAGGCUUCAGGGAGUCAAGUUGAAAUAGCUCUUGAAAGAGGUCUUCCUGCAAUGAUUGGUUCCUUUGCUUCAAAACAGUUGCCAUUUCCUUCUCUUUCAUUUGACAUGAUACACACUGCAUGGGAUGGUGUUGAAUGGGAUAAAAAAGAUGGUGUACAUUUGAUAGAAGUGGAUCGAGUUUUGAGACCUGGUGGAUACUUUGUAUGGACAUCAGCAUAUGCUAAUACUCAAGCGCGUGAUAAACAAAAUUUAAAAAGAUGGGAUUUUGUGCGUAAUUUUGCUAAAGAUUUAUGUUGGGAUUUGUUAUCUCAACAAGAUAAAACAGUUGUGUGGAAAAAACCUAGCAAGAAAACUUGUUAUGCUUCUAGGAAACAUGGAUCGGGUCCUUUAAUCUGCAAAGAGGGGCAUGAUGUAGAAUUACCAUAUUACCACCCACUUGAAUCAUGCAUUGGAGGAACUCGUAGCCAUAGAUGGAUUCCCAUUGAAGAAAGGUCAACAUGGCCUUCUAGAGCUUCAUUGACCUCCAAAGAACUUUCAGUUCAUGGUGUACUUGCGGAUGAUUUCAUGGAAGAUAAUUUAAAUUGGAGGUCAUUAGUUGGAGACUACUGGUCUCUACUUUCUCCGUUGAUAUUUUCAGAUCACCCAAAAAGACCCGGUGAUGAAGACCCUAUUCCACCUUACAACAUGGUCCGGAAUGUUCUAGAUAUGAAUGCCCAUUUUGGUGGUUUUAAUUCUGCUUUAUUGGAUGCUAAAAAAUCUGUUUGGGUUAUGAAUGUGGUCCCCACAACCGGGGUCAACCAUCUUCCUCUUGUCCUUGACCGGGGUUUCGUAGGCGUAUUACAUGAUUGGUGUGAAGCGUUUCCAAGUUACCCUAGGAGUUAUGAUAUGGUGCAUGCUGAUGGACUUUUAAGCCUUGAAACAAAGAAACAGUCUCGUUGCAGUUUGCUUGAUCUUUUCUUUGAGAUAGAUCGGUUACUCCGUCCAGAGGGGUGGGUGAUACUACGUGACACGUCAGCUCUGAUUGAAUCAGCAAGAGGCAUCACAGCUAAAUUAAAAUGGGAAGCACGAGUGGUGGAAAUCGACAAUAACUUUUGGGCAGAAAAAGAAAGCCCAAAGGGACUGAAGAGAAAAAUAGAGUGUCUGAUGAAAGGACUAAAAAAGCUCCCUAUAUGCAGCAGACAGGGAUGGUGUAAUUACACGAAAGUAUAG